UUGGAUAUGGAAUAGAUUUUUAGACGGGUCCCUCUAUUUUCUCUACAAAUUCCAAAUAGACAAGCAUAAGCCUUAGAUCAAAUCAUUUCUCUGCAUUUGUCCCCGACCAAAAUUCACGCUUCACUUCUAGUAAGAUUUUUCAGUUCCUCAACGCUCGGUUUUGUCUGGAAAUUCCCAGGGACCAUGACCAAAACCUUUGUCCUCUGAUUUUGAUGCACAGGUUUCCUCUCUGUGUCUCUAUCUCUUCUUUUGUGGUCCUCUUUUUCAAUUUAGAUCUCUCUUUGAUUGGAUCACUUACCUUUUGCCUGUUCUUCAGGAUGGAUCUAAGUAUCUUGGCUUCUGGGGACCUGACCGGAAUUUAGAGAGGAGCUCUGGACUAAUAUGAGGAACCUUUGAUUUUAUUAAUGAAACAAUGAUGGCUAAUCCAAAUGCAUCAACCUCAAUGGUGUAUUCAGACUCCUCUGAACAAAAGUCCCCACGUGUGUUGGGUUCAAACUGGAACAUUCUUCAAACUUCUUCAAGCCAUCACAGUCGAAGCUCCUCAGAUGGUCUUGUUGCUAUCCUUUGGGACAUUGAGAAUUGCCGUGUCCCAAGUGAUGUUCGCCCUGAAGAUGUUGCUGGUAAUAUUAGAAUGGCUUUGCAGGUUCACCCUGUGAUUAAAGGAUCUGUUAUGAUGUUUUCUGCCUAUGGAGAUUUUAAUGCCUUCCCGAGGCGACUCAGAGAAGGCUGUCAGAGAACUGGUGUCAAACUAAUAGAUGUUCCAAACGGUAGAAAAGAUGCUGCUGAUAAGGCUAUCUUGGUCGACAUGUUUCUAUUUGCCCUCGACAACCCUCCACCUUCCACUAUCAUGUUGAUAUCUGGUGAUAUAGAUUUUUCUCCGGCACUUCACAUACUUGGUCAGCGCGGUUAUACUGUGAUCCUUGUCAUCCCUUCUAGUGUUGGUGUUUCAUCUGCACUCAUUAAUGCCGGUAAGUUUGUUUGGGACUGGCCUAGUGUGGCUCGUGGGGAAGGCUUUGUUCCCCCCACCAAGGUUGUAAUGCCCCUUUGUGGAGGAGCUUCUGACAUUGCAGGAUAUCUCAUGGGAUACCAUGUCAAUGACAUCCCGGAUGCCCUAAAUGAUGAAGAGGCAAUUGUAUAUAGGGGUAUCUCACAAAGCUAUUGCAACUCGAGGGAUCUCCAAUUAGUGUCACAAUCUUUAUCAGAUUACAAGAAGAGUUCUUCAACCUCGUCUUGUCUUCCUACUACUUUGAGGUCACAGAGUCUUCCUUCUGGCUUGAAUGAAGUAUCGGGAGGUGGUGUUUGUCCUGGUGAUCAGAUGGAAUCUAGUUUGUGGGUACAGCCUGGAGACCUAAAUGGUCUAAAGGCUCAAUUUGUAAAGUUAUUGGAACUUUCAGGAGGAUGCCUGCCCCUGUCCCGAGUUUCAGUUGAGUACCAGAAGUUUUGUGGGCGAAUUCUCAAAGUAUCAGAGUAUGGAGCGUCCAAGCUUGUAAAACUUUUCAAGAAGAUGGAUGACACAAUGACUGUAGAGGAGAAGGGCCAUCAGAAGUUUGUCUAUCUUCGAAAUUGGAAGGCAGGCCCUAGUGCGCCUCCUUUGGUUUUGACCAGGAAGGAUAAGAAAGGAAAGGGGACCCAGGAAGAGUGUAUGAAUAAUGUCACAGGCAGUGGCUCUUCAGAUGUGUUUUCAGAUGAAGAAAGAGUGGUUAUAGAAGCACAUGAUGUGAGCAGGGGCCAAGGAGAUAUCAAUCAGGGAACAGUGGCCAAUCGUGAAAUUGAUGACUGUUGUCUUGAGCAGUUCAAGUAUGAGUUGCAAGAGAUUCUAGUCAGCUAUUCUUGUCGGAUUUUUCUAGGUUGCUUUGAGGCGAUAUACGAGCAACGGUACAAGAAACCACUGGAAUAUCAAAGAUUUGGUGUGGAUCAGCUGGAGGAGCUGUUUGAGAAAGUGAGAGAUGUGGUGGUGUUGCAUGAAGAACCCACAAGCAAGAGGAAGUUCCUGGCUGCAGGUGAUGGCUAGACAAACAAGGCAGUUGAGAUUGGCAUACCCUUGUGAUGGUUUUACCUGAUAUAUAUAUAUAUAUAGAGAGAGAGAGAGAGAGAGAGAGAGAGAGAGAGAGAGACAAACAAACGCAUAAAAAGACAGACUCAAGCUUUUUCUUUUUUCAGUUUGCCCUGCAUGGAUAUGAGCUUUUAACAUUGAAAUUUCCAUGUAAGACUCUUGCCUAAUCAUUGUAACUGAUUAGCUGCUGCUAAUGGAGAUCUGUAUGUAAAUUGAUCUGCAA